AUGGCAUCUCUUACCCGCGCCAUCGACAUCGGCCCACCCACAGCUCAACUUGACUCCCUUUUCUACACGCUACCUCCCGAGCUCCGAACCAUAAUCUUCGAAUUCGUCGUGCCACGUCUGGAGGGGGAUCUAAACGGCGCUGAAGAACGAGAGGAUCUUUCCGAGUCCGAUGAAUCAACAACAUUCUUAACGUUGGCGUUAGCGAAAAGGAGCAGGCGGUUUCGUCGAAGACUCGCGUUCCUCCUAUCCUGUCGCGCGUUCUACCUCGAAGCGUGCGGACUGUAUUACAAGCAUCGCGAGAUUGGCUUAGAGGACGUAUAUUGGGGCGAGGCGGCCGAGUCUAGACAUACGCAUAGCCGACACAGGCUGGCAAGCAUCCAAAAAGUGGCAGUGAUCAUUCAGGACGCCACGAGAAUCAUGAAGCUCAUGGCUCAUCAUCCUAAGCUCAAGUCGCUAAGGUUCUUGAUGGCUGGAGAUGAUGAUCGUGGCAUGCAGACUCGAUCCUGGCGAGGGCAACGUCAGAGAUCUGCGGUUCUCUGGAAUCGAAGACUGCGCAUAGAGCUGAAAGGCCUCAAGCAAGCGAUGCGGAAGAUCCCAAGCCUGACUGGAGUGGAAUUUGUCACGGAAGAGCUCUUCAAUUAUAACGUGGCAGAUGUUGCCCAAUUGCGAGAGAUGGAAGCAGGUUUGAACAAGUACCUCAAGGAGCGCGAAGGCCCUUGA